AUGAUUCUGUUGCCUGAGAAGAACCUGUCCAAGAGCAGGUGUGUUGGAAAUGGAAGAGACCUGGGUGAGGGCUCCAUCAACCAGAGUGACGGUUGGUCUGUGGCCGGUGACACUACCCUCUCCCUCCUGUUGCAGGGUGGAGCGGCAGAGGCCAGGGCCCCGGAGGGUCCUGAGGUCCACUGGAGCUGGAAGAGGGCGGGCUCGUCGCCGCUGCUGGCCCGGGCCUUCCACAGCGUCAACGUGGUGGGCGACAAGCUGGUGGUGUACGGGGGCACCAAGUCGGCGGACCUGCGGGAGGGGCCGCUGGGCGAGGCGGUGGUCCUGGCCCCCUCACUGGUGGUGGAGGGUGUGGUGCGGGGAGGCCCGGCCCGCAGUCACCACGGCACGGCGGUGCUGCAAGGGCGCUGGCUGCUGCUGGUGGGCGGCUGGGACGGCAGGCGACGGCUUACCGAUCUCCACGCCAUUGAGCUGGGCAGUGCUGAGCCCGGUACCUGGAGGGCACUACAGCAGGAGGCAGGCACCCUGUCGCCUGUUGGCCUGAGUGGUCACACCGUCACCCAGUUGACCGAGCGGCGGCUCUGGGUGGUGGGCCGCGAGGGAGGGGUCCGCACCCAGAGGAGGUUCGCCAGCAUCUUCCAGCUGCAGGUUGACAUCCAGCGGGGUCGGUACCGGUACGAGGAGCAGACCUCACGAGUCGCGUCGCGCUCGGGACACUCAGCGAGCCUGUGCCGGAGGCCGGGCCGUGUUGGGGGCACCGUCCAGCUGCUGCUGUUCGGGGGGCGCAACAGCCAGGGGUUCGAGGUGGCCGGGGUCUGGAACGAGGGGUCCGUGCAGGCCCAGCCUCCCUGUGCCCCAGGCCUCGUGGCGAGGCUGAGCUCCCUCAUCAGCGAGGGGGUGGUGACUCCCGGCACCCCGACAUCCCGGCGACACCACGCCGCGGUGCAGGUGGGCCCCUUCGUGGUGCUGCACGGGGGCGAAUGCUUCAACAAGGCCGCCGACAACAUCUGCGGCGAUCUGUACAUCUACGACACACGACCCUCUGCGGGGAGGUGGUAUCAGUUUCCUGCCAGCGGGGUGGAGCUGAGGCGUGUUGGACACCAGCUGGUGGUGCUGGGUGAGCAGCUGUAUGUAAUUGGUGGUCUGGGCCCAGACGGCAAGCACUGCCCCCCUGACAUCUACACCUUGGCGAUCCACUGAGCCCAGGCUGCUUCCCGCUCGUUCUGCUUCAAAUAAAACUGCUGUCUGGGACACUCUACAGGGUCACUAUCAUCUGGCCGGUUUGCCAUUAUCGAGUCAUAGACCACAUAUACUGGCCGUGUGGCCCACAUUGCCUAAACGCCAUCCAUCCGUAUUAAUGUCGGAAGGAAUCGUAUCCAGUCCUCCAGCACUUGGCCUUCUGUACUGCUUCUCUCGACAAUUAAAUGCUGUCACUGACUCUA